AUGGGUGCAGAGCAAUCAUCGCCUCGGAAUGGCGGCCAAGUGCCUGCCGCCACGGCGACGAGGAAGACUUGCUACUACGAGCUCCUGGGCUUAGACCGUCAGGCCACAGAUGAGGAAAUCAAGAAAGCAUACAGGAAGAAAGCCCUGGAACUCCACCCGGAUCGCAACCUACAUGACACCGAGAAUGCGACCAGGAAUUUUGCUCAAGUCCAGACUGCCUACGAGAUACUGUCGGACUCGCAAGAACGCGCAUGGUACGAUUCACACCGGGAUGCCAUUCUCGCCGGCCACGAUGACUUGUCGCAAGCUCCUACAGAGCACUACAACACCCACUUGACCUCGGCCGAUGAUAUUUUUAACCUGAUGGGUCGAUUCACCUCGUCGGUUCCCAUGACCGAUAGCCCCAGUGGCUUCUUUGGUAUCCUCAAUGCCUUCUUCGACCAAUUAGCCAUGGAGGAAGCUGCCGCCUGCGAAUGGGAUGGCCAGGCACCGACACAGUACCCGCCGUUUGGCUCCGCGAAAGACAACUACGAUGGCGUGGCCAAAUCCUUUUAUAACGUCUGGUCGAGCUUCUCCACCAAGAAGGAGUUCAGCUGGAAGGACAAGUACCGCCUCAGUGAUGCGCCCGAUCGGCGCGUUCGGCGCCUAAUGGAGAAGGAGAACAAAAAGUUCAGGGACGAGGGCAUACGGGAUUUCAACGACGCCGUGCGAUCCCUUGUGGCUUUCGUCAAAAAGAGGGAUUCUCGCUACGUUCCGAAUACGCAAUCUGAAGCUGAGCGGCAGAAAGUCCUUCGCGACUUGGCAGCUGCCCAGGCCGCCCGCUCCAGAGCUGCGAACCAGGAGAAACUGGCGGGUUAUGUUGUGCCGGAAUGGGCUCAGGCGCGAAACGAUGAGGAUUACAACGAUGAGUUCUCCAUGACCGAGGAGGAAUCUGAGGUUGAGCAUAUCGAGUGCAUCAUCUGCAGUAAAAUUUUCAAGAGCGAGAAGCAAUUUGAAGCCCACGAGAAGAGCAAAAAGCACAUCAAGGCUGUCCAGCAGAUACGGCGACAAAUGAAGAAGGAGAAUGCCGAUCUUGAUCUGGACCAACCUCUGGCAAAGCCGACGACCACAACCACAGAAGGGGUGGCAUCAGCCCGGGAGACAGACGGGGAGAGUGAAGGUCGACCCGAGCCAAGUGCUGGGGAUGCCCAGAGCAAUGGGGAUGAAGAGGGGCUGACUGCAACUCCCGGUGCGCCAGGGGGCUCACAAGACCCUAGCAUUGAAUCUACGGAUGACUCGCUCGGCGACGAGUACGCGCCGCGGUCCGAAGUAGAAGAUCGCCUAUUAUCCGACAAGAAUCCAGUUGAAGAAAGCGUGGAAGGGUUAGGAGAUGGUGAGACAGAUUCGCUGGCUUCAGGUGUCGAUGGCUUGAUGAUCAGUGACUCAGGUGAGGCGAAGAAAAUUGGUAAGGCCAGAGCAAAGAGGGAAAAGAGGGCUUCUCGCAUGGCAGCCGGCGACACGCAGCCAAGUGUUCACGCGUGCGCCGUAUGCAACGAAGUCUUCUCAUCUCGGACCAAACUGUUCUCCCACAUCAAGGAUAUCGGUCACGCUGCCCCCGUGCCACAGAAGGCAAAGGGGGGAAGGAAACAGAAGAGAUGA